AUGACUGCUGAUAGUGCAGUUCCCUCUAGCGGGGCUUCAGGGCUAAAGAGUCUCACAGCACUCACUUUAUUGGUGGAUGAGCUCAUUGAAGACUACACCGUUACACCUUUGUCUAUAUCAGAAUAUCUAGAAAAGGCUGUGAAUUGCUACUCAGAGUAUAGCCGAAAUGUUAAGUUUUUGAAGAAUCCACAGUCGCAACAACAAGCCAACUACGAAGAGCUGUUUGUCUACUACACAGCCGCCUCCAGAAUCUUAUCAGUGGUGAUACCAUCUUUACCUGAAUACCGGACCUUUGAAGGUAACACACAGGAUCCAAAGUUUGGGCUGUUUAGUGACUUUACAGAGUUGUUGUAUGCUGAACGGAACAGGAUGGAUAGUAUCAAAGCGUAUAUCAGGACUCAUUCGCUUCCCGAUCGUGAUGAUGAAUUGCUUACGAGAUUGAGGAAUCUGAAAGCUCACUCAAGUGUCAGUGUGGAAUCAGAAUCAAAAACCAAGUCUCAUACUCAACUGGAGUCACGAGUGACUUCUGGGUUCAAGACCAAGACACAGUCUGUCUCACAAUCACAAUCACAAUCACAAUCACAAUCACGAUCACAAUCACCAGUGAAGGCUUCAACGACUCCCGCCAUAGCUGCCCCCAACCCUCAAGCUUUGAAAGCAAAAUUUGAUGCCAUUGAAACGUCAAUUUCGGCUAAAGCACUCAACAGCCUCCUCUCUUUAUCACCUUCUGAUGUUCUCGUUAUAGACCUGCGGCGCAGAAGAGACUUCGACAACAAUCAUGUGGAAUUUCCUGGAAUCAACUUGUUGUCAAUUGAGCCAGUUGCAAUUAGACCAGACUAUUCAGCAAGCGAUGUACAGAAGAUGUCUCUUGCAACCAAUCCGGACUCGGAAAGGCAACUCUUCGAAAAUAGGUCCCAGUUUGAGCUCAUUGUGGUAUACGAUUGGAGCUCUACCACCUCUGCAUUUGACACUAUUACGCUGAGAUUUUUAAAUAUCCUAAAGACAAGGUCCUCAACGGCUUAUUUGAAAAGACAGCCAGUUCUUUUAGAGGGCGGUUUCAAUGAGUGGUUGCAGCUAAACGAAGAUGGACUUCAAGGCUAUAUUCCUCAUGGUGAGAUCAUUCAACCGAUUGACAUUCCUUCGAAACCCAUGCUUUUCCGCAAGAACAGUCUUGCUAGACGUUCUUCACAGAUAAAUGAGCCCGAACGUCUUGAAGAUGCCUACUAUAGAAAGCAGCCUGAGCAGUAUUCUUCAAGAUCAAGCAGCGUUUCUGUUCCUGGAUCACCUGGCCCGGGCUAUGUUCGCACCGUUAACGAGUUUUUUGCCAGUCCGAAUCGCGAGCACUCGCCUUCUCAAAAUGAAGCCAUUUCUCCAGUUUUCCCUCACCAAUUUGCACCACCUUCUCAUAAAGCUUCAGUUCGCAAGUCAAGCGCUGGGUCUAGCUUGUCACAACCUCCAUCUCAAAGCCCAGUUCCACCUCCAAAGGUGUUGACCAGACCAAAACCUGUGGCAUUGUCCAAAUCAGAACAUUCCACAACCCUUUUGAAUGCACCGUCUAAGACGAGAUCUUUCCAGGAAAAGCUGGAUGUGAUGACUGGUCUGGCAAAUCUUGGAAACACAUGUUACAUGAACUGUACUUUGCAGUGCCUUUUUGGAACCAAGAAGUUUGACGAGUUCUUCCUCAAUGGAAGCUAUAAGUCCCAUAUAAACAUCAACAGUCGGCUAGGUUCCAAGGGAAUACUCGCCAACGAAUUCAACGGGCUCGUGACAGAGAUUUUCAUCAAGUCAAAUCAUUCGCAUCCUACCUAUAUUUCGCCUCUGCGCUUCAGAAAGAUCAUUGCAUCUUUAUCGUCGAGCUUUAGAACAUCGGAACAGCAGGACUGUUCUGAAUUUUUGAACUUUCUGCUGGACGGUUUGCAUGAGGACUUAAAUGAGUGUGGAAACCAUCCUCCUUUACCUGAAUUAACCAAGGAAGAAGAAUUUAGACGAGAAAAACUGGCGAUUCGCGUGGCUUCCACCAUUGAAUGGGAGAAGUAUCUGAAGACCAACUUCAGCAUUGUGGUGGACAUAUUCCAGGGCCAAUAUUUGUCACGACUACAAUGUACCGUUUGCAAGAACACUUCAACCACAUACAAUGCCUACAGCAUUUUGUCUCUGCCAAUUCCCGAGACCUCAGCAAGGACAAAGAUCUCGCUUGGACAGUGUUUUGACCAAUUUUGUGCACCUGAAAUACUCGACGGAGACGACAGAUGGAUGUGUCCUCACUGCAAGGUCAAGAACCGGACCACAAAGACGAUGAUGAUCUCGCGAUUGCCAGAAGUGUUGAUAGUGCACUUGAAAAGAUUCAAGCUUGGAAGCCAGAUCACCAAGCUGAACACCUUCAUAGACUACCCGUUGGAACUCUCUCUUGAUAAGUACUGGCCCAAAGUACAAACCGAGCAGGAAAUGCACCAACUCGCUGCUCUUCCUAUGCGGAACCAAAUGGCCCCUUUCAACUAUAAACUUUUCGGGGUUGUUAACCAUUAUGGAAACCUUGCUACUGGCCAUUACACAGCAUAUGUCGACAAACGCGAGGACGGCUGGUGCUAUUUUGACGACACCAAAGUGACGAAACGCAGACCGCUCGACAAGGUGAUCAAUGCGGAUGCAUACGUGCUUUUCUACGCAAGAGUAUGA